CCUUUUCCCUCAGCAUGGCUGGCUCAGGAAUUCUGGGAGUUGAAGUCCACGAAUCAUAAAAGAGCCAAGGUUGCCCGCCCCUGGCCUAGGACCACUCGAUGUAGCCAACUCACCAUGGCCAACUUGCUGCAGCUACCUCGUUCCAGGACAUCUUGCCAUGGCCAGCUCCCCAGAGGACAAGAGUUACACAAAUGUUGAAGAAAUGCUGGAAUAGAAUCAUUAAAGAAAGAACGCAAAAGGAGGGGAAAAAUAAAAAUGUGAAUGACAAAAAUUAAAAUAAUUUUUUAAAUUAUUUUAACUACUUCAAUUGAAUUGUUGAAUUGUCUUCCUGUGAGAUGUCCUACGGUGAGUUGGCCAUGGCAAGUUGACGGCACCUCAAUGACCGGGGCAAGUUGACCAUAGUUGGCUGUGCCUAGUUGACCGUGGUGAGUUGGAUGACUCUAACUGUGGUCUGUUUAGGUAGCUCAGGGUUUCAUGUAUUGUGACAGUCCAGAAAAUGGCUUUAGAAUAGAAUUAUGUAGUAGCCAAAUGUGAUUGGACACACCAGGAAUUGGUCUCCGGUGCGUAAGCUGCAAUGGCCCGGUGAUCCUGCCCACCAUUUGGGCCUACCUGCAAAAGCUGAAUGCCGAACCGUACUACUUGGGCCUGGCUCUCUCCGCAUUUAGCUUCGCUGGCUUAAUCACGGGCCCCUUCUUUGGAUAUUGGUCCGAUCGGACCCAUCGAACCAAAGGGAGCAUCAUGUUUGCCAACUUGUUUCAGAUAGCAGGAAACUUCAUGUAUUUUGUUGGUGGCUCCAAAUGGAUGCUCCUCGGCAGCCGACUAGUAGCAGGUGUGGGAACUGGAGCAGGUGCUUCCAUCUUUGGCUACCUCACCCGUUCCACCACUUUGCAGGAGAGGUCCAAGGUCUUUGCGGCCGUCAUGGCCUGCCGCCAGGUUGGGCUUCUUAUUGGGCCAGCCUGUAAUCUCUUCCUGCGCCUCUGCAAUUUCCAUCUGGGGCCCUUUGUAGUCAAUAAGUUUACAUCCCCAGGGCUCUUCAUGUGUCUGGUGUGGAUUCUGCUUCAAGUGAUUGUGAUGGUGAUGUACUAUGACAUCCAGCCACCGGCUCACACCGCAAGGACCAUAUCAACGGUGCAGCAAGAGGCUUUGGAAGAGGAGCAGAAACCACUGAUACGACAUGAGGUUGGCCGAGAAGAGGCCACGGGAGGGACCUGCUAUGGCAGCACCCCUGUGGGACUUCCGCAACCUUCCCUUGGCGACGAAUGUCGGUAUGUGCCCAAUGGACACUUGGCAGAUGAAGAAUCAGUUGAAGAAGACACGAAUCCCUUCCAUCAAUUUAGCUCUGUGAAAGAAUACUUGCGGGAGGAAGUGGUGGUUCUCCUCACUGCCCAGUUCAUUACCCUCUUCAACCAAACGGCGUUGGAGACUAUGGUGACUCCAAUUACACAGAAGUAUUUGAACUUUGGAGAACUGGAGAACAGCAUCAUGUAUUUCCUGUGUGGUGUGGAGGUCAUUGCUGGCUUCUUCCUGGUGCACUUUCUCAGCAUCCGGCUAUCAGAUCGGAUCAUCUUGCUCAUGGGUCUGGUCAUCUGCAACGUAGCCUGUGUCUGGUGCCUGCUGUUCCUGGCACACCCCCGAGGUACCUUUGCUGUCCUCCUCACGGAGCUGGUAGUGGGGGUCUUUUUGCAGGUCUUGGGCCUGCCCUUCGUCGCUGUCUCCCAGGUGUCCCUCUUCUCCAAAGUCACAGCAGAGAGAACACAAGGGUUCAGCCACGGGCUCCGUCGCUCCGUUGGGGGAAUUGCCACCAUCCUUGGACCUCUGUGGGCCGGGGGAUUGACGGAUAAUCUGUACAUCAUGCUCGGAGUGAUGAUGGGGCUGCUCAGCCUAUUGACGAUCAUGGUGGGGCUGUCCUACAGAUACCUGGUCGAGAUCCCAAGUGAACACCUAUUGCCACGAUCAACCCGGGAAGAGUCCAACUCAUGAGGACCUGUUGAGGCGCCCUUGGAGGCACGGAGAAGCUCAUCAGGUGAAGGGGUUGCCAGCCAACCGGCCAUGCCAGGGGAACCCCUUUUGGCUUUCAAAUUCCAGGCUCGAGAACGUCAGGAGAAGCUGGUAAUGGCUCUGUCCACCUUAGAGAUGGAGGAAGUUGUGUGGCGUUUGUUUUGGUCUCUUCUUUCCACCAGGAUAUUUCUCUCUCUUUUUUUUUUGUUUUUUUCGAUAUGAACCCAGCAGAACACGAAGCUUUUCUUUUCUUUGCGAUGCUGUACAGGAGAGCAGAAAAGGUGGGGCAACUCCUCCGUUGAGCGAAGAUCCAUGGCAAAUCUCACGUUCCGUUUUGCAGAAGAGAAAGAGACGAGCCCCUGGGUGAAUCUGAAACCCUUCUAUGAAAAGAGAAGAACCUUUAAUAUUUAUUUCCUUAUAAUUUAUUAUGACUUUUGGGACAACCCAUUGUUUUGUUGCUGCUGCUGCUGCUGUUGUUUUCACAGUUCUGACCUUGAUGAUUGUUAAACUGCACCGGGAGGGCUGGAUGUUUUAUUUAUUAAAGUAUUUCCACCCUGUCUUUGCUUUGGGUUGAGGACUGAACAGAACAUCAAACACAGAAUAAUAGUCUUGGAAGGGACCUUGGAGGUCUUCUAGUCUAACC